ACCUACCCAGAGUUCACCAGACACCGCGCGGAUUUGCGGGGGUGGUUUUGCAAGAUGUGACACGCACCUGAUAUGGGCCUAGUACGCAGAAUAUGUACAUAUACCUCGAGACAUCACGUCCAGACCCGUCCAUCUCCGCUUCUUGUAAUCAUCUUACGCUUUCGCUAUCCACACAUUUUGCAGUUGAUCACCCCCAAAGGCCUGUUGGUGUCAGUUUGUGCGGCUGAACCCCAGUGGCAGGAUGCCGACAAACCAAGAUAAUUUAGCAAUGGUCAAUCCCACCUUUGACCCCGAGAGGGGCGAAAAGACCGCGGCCGAGUCCGUUCCAAUGACGGCGGUCACGUCAACCUCAACAUCGAUUGCAAUUCCAUCAUCACCAAGCAGGCGGUCCGGUCUGCUUGAUACACUCCGCCGUAUCAACAACCGGAUUGAAGGGCUAUCCGGCUUUGAAGCCCGCGGCAUUACGCGUGUUCUCCCACAAGAACGAAAGCCGGCAUCGGCAGUAGCUGACCUGCAAGUCUUCAUUCUAUGGUUCGGUGCCAACAUUUCCGCCAACAAUAUGACAACCGGCCUCUUCGGCCCGCUCGUCUUCAACUUGGGAUUCAGAGAUAGUGUCUUGUGUGCCAUCUUUGGCUGCUUUCUAGGCUGCGCGUCCACAGCGUACAUGGCCAUGUGGGGACCAUGCAGUGGGAACCGGACAAUGGUGGUGCUGCGGUUCUUCAUGGGCUACUGGCCGUCCAAGUUACCGUGCUUCCUGAACAUUGUCCUCAUGGUGGGGUACAUUACGCUCAACUUCAUCAUAUCGGGGCAGAUUCUAUCGGCCGUGAGUGGUGGGACCAUGUCAAUUGCGGUUGGCAUUGUUGUUGUCUCGCUCGUCUGUUGGAUUGUUGCCGUUUUCGGCAUGUUUAUUUUCCACACAUAUGAAAGAUACGCGUGGAUUCCCCCGAUUCUAGCCCUGUUCGCGUUGAUCGGCUGUGCAGAGCCGCACUUCGACUCGGGGCUCGAAUCCACCGGUGACGCGGCCACCCUCGCCGCGAACCGACUCUCCUUCCUUUCCCUGUGCUUUUAUGUACCCAACUCAUGGGCUGCCGCGGCUUCGGACUUCUACGUGUAUUAUCCAGAGACGACUUCUAAACUCAAGAUAUUUUUGCUCACUCUCGCCGGGCUUUUCUUCUCUUUCACGCUCGUCUACCUCCUCGGAAUCGGACUUGCAUCCGGGGUCACUUCUCACACAGCAUGGGCUGACGCAUUUGCCAUCUCCACGGGCUCGUUGAUCGUGGAGGCGUUUGAUGGCCUCGCCGGCUUCGGAAAGCUCUGCAGCGUGAUCAUCGCACUAGGCAUCAUCGCCAACAGCAUCCCGGGAGCUUACUCGGCCGCGCUGGGAGUGCAGGUUCUGGGACGCUACGGCAAAGUCGUGCCGAGAUGGGUGUGGACAUGUUUCAUUGUUAUCAUCGCCCUUGUUCUCGCUUUGGCAGGACGAGAUAACUUGCUCGUCAUCUUUGGCAACUUCCUCGCUCUCAUGGGAUACUGGGUUGAGAUCAUGAUUGUCAUUGUCAUUGAGGAGCAUGUAUUCUUUCGAUGGAACCAUGAAUUCGACUGGGCAAUGUGGGAGAACAAACAGUACCUGCCUGUCGGCAUCUCGGCCUUGAUCGCGUUUCUCCUCGGGUGGGUGGGUGCGAUUCUCGGUAUGUACCAAGCAUGGUACGUUGGCCCGUUGGCGGAGAGAGCGGGCAUGAGUGAUGUCGGGCUUUGGCUUGGCUGCGGCUUUGGGAUCGUGUCGUAUCCGCCAAUGCGAUGGUUGGAGAUGAAGAUAAUAGGUAGGUAGUUGGAAUUGAACCCGGGCAUGGUUUAGAAGUGAACUUCCAGUCGUGGUAGGCGAGAAAAGAGCGACCAUUCACUUGGGUGGUGGCAACCGGCCGUUUAACGACGGAAGACUGAAAUAUAAUAGUUAGGUACUUUUUGAUUAGCAUAGAAUACCUUUGUCCCCG